CCUGACAGCUGUUUGCUUAGUUUUUUUUUAACAAACUGUUCGAUCCUGGAAAAUAUUUUGUAUUCUCUUGUAAAUACCCAAGUUUUCUUUAAAAAAAACCAUCCAUUAAUAUGGAUACUAACAUAGAAAAUGCUUUGAUACAAAAGAAAAUUAUUUCUGCUGGCAAAGAGUUCUUUCCAUUGAAAGAAGGCACCAGAGUCAAAUUUCAUUUUCAAACAAGGAAACUCGAUGGCACGAUUUUGGAUGACAGCCGCACGCUGGGCAGACCCAUGGAAUUGGUAUUGGGUAAAAAGUUCAAACUGGAAGUAUGGGAAGUAAUAGUACAAAAAAUGGCCUUAAACGAGGUGGCUAAAUUUACGGUCAAUAAAAAGUUAGUUUCUCAAUAUCCUUUUAUUGCAAAAACUUUGCGAGAUGUUGGCAAAAAGGUGGAAGAACGCCGUCAUUGCUGUGGCAUGACUUUGCAGAAUGAAGGCUUGGGUUAUAAAGAUCUAGAUGAUUUACUCUCAAAUCCUAGUGAUUUGGAAUUUAUUAUAGAUUUGUUUUGCAUAGAAAAGCCAGAAGAUUACAAAAAAGAUACCUGGCAAAUGACUGAUGAAGAGAAACUUAAAACUUCUCUCAAACUUAAAGAUGAAGGUAAUGAAUUUUAUAAGCAAAAACAAUUUGCCCAAGCUGAGGAAUGUUAUCGCACGGCCGUGGGGUUAUUAGAACAAUUAAUGUUGAAAGAAAAACCUCAUGAUGUUGAGUGGAACGAUUUGGCUAAACUUAAAGUUCCUGUAUUAUUAAACUAUGCUCAGUGUCGUCUUUUGUCACAAGACUAUUAUGCCGUCAUCGAGCAUUGCAACGAUGUUUUACAAUUAGAUCCCGAUAAUGUUAAGGCAAUAUUUCGUAGAGCCAAAGCCCAUUUUGGCGCAUGGAAUCCUCAAGAAGCCCGUGAAGAUUUUCUAAGGGCAGCCGAAUUGGAUCCUUCCCUACAAACAACAGUGCAUAAAGAAUUAAAAGCUAUAGACAGGAUACAACAUGAACGUGAUCUUGAGGAUAAGAGGCGUUUGCAAGCACUCUUUUAGUGUCUUGUAAGUUUUGAUGUGACGAUUUAAUAAACAUUGUGUAUGUAUUUUUAUUGUUGUGACUAGUCCAAUGUAAUACAUAAUUUAUGUUAGAAACUUAUAAAAACGUAACAAUUAUAGAUUUUAUAAUAAAGUAUAUAAUCAAACAAGCAUAAAA